AUGAAAGUAACUUUUUUGCAUCCUGAUUUUGGAGUUGGCGGAGCUGAAAGACUAAUUUUGGAUGCAGCUAUUGCCUUUGACAACAAUGGGCACCAAGUUGAAAUUGUUACCAAUCAGUUUAGCGAGGUACAUUGCUUUACGGAGGCCCUGAAAUUUAAAGACAGUAAGUGGAUGAAAAUGUAUAAUUGUUUGUUUUAGACAUUGUUGUAGCGGCAAAGUGGAUUCCCCGCACCAUUUUUGGGAAGUUUUAUGCAUUGUUGGCCUACAUUCGACUCUGCAUCGCUUCUUUGUACGUUAUAUGGGACAAAACUGCGGAUGUUGUUUUUUUGGAUCAGGUAAUAUCCGUUGAAUUAUUAUUGAUUUCUUUAGAUAUCACUGCCCUUGGUCUUCUUUAGGUUGGCUCGACCUUUUUUCCACCCUAAGUUGAUCUUCUACUGUCAUUUUCCUGAUCAGAAACUCACGACACGUGAAAGCGAAUUGAAGAAGUUCUACAGAUAUUUCAUUGAUGGAUUAGAGAAUAAAACAUUGGGAUUGGCAGACAAGAUCUACGUCAACUCUUUAUUCACAAAGAACGUUUGUUCCGAGACCUUCCCUACUAUCGAUUCCUCCAGAUUUGAUAUUUUACAUCCGAGUCUAAACACCAGUGUUCUUGACGAGACUGAAGAUGUUCAGUUAGACAUUCCAGACGAUUUUGAAUUUGUUUUUGUAAGCUUAAACCGAUACGAAGGGAAGAAAGAUCAUAUCUUGGCAUUACGAGUGUUUAGUAAGUAUUAUUAUAUUUUCUUCAUCUUUUUAGAUAGUUUCAAAGAUUUGGUGGAUCAGAAAACUUUUGCAAAGUGCUUAUUGGUAUUUGCCGGAGGGUAUGAUCCCUUGAAUUCUGAAAACAAAACGAUUUAUAACGAAUUGGUACAAGAAACCGAGCGUUUUGGUCUUUCCGAUAACGUUAAGUUUUACAAAAGUCCAAGUAAGUUGUAAGAUGAAAAACAAUAUCUCUUUUAGGCGACGCUGUGAAGGUAUCUUUACUGAGAAGGGCUCAGUUGUUGUUUUACACCCCAAAAGGAGAACACUUUGGAAUUGUUCCCUUGGAAUCAAUGUGGCUGAGAACUCCAGUCUUAGCCCUCAGAAGUGGAGGCCCCAUUGAAACCAUAGACAAUCAGAAGACAGGGUACUUGAUAGAACCAGAUGCUGAUCUAAAACAGUUUGCUGAUGUGUUUUUAAAGGCUGUCAGGGAUCCAGAACUGAAGAAGAGGAUGGGGGAAGCCGGACGAGUUCGGGUUCAAGAUAACUUUUCUUUUGAGGCCUUCACACAGAAACUUUUGGAAACUGUUUUGUAA